CGUGCAUCAGAGAGAGCCGCAGCUCCGCACGCGCCGAGGAGAAGAGAGAGAGAGAGGGAGAGAGAGAGAGAGAGAGAGAGGAGCAGAGAAGAGCAGAGAAGAGAGGGAGAGUGACGGAGAGAGUUCGGCCGCGGGGAGAAGGAGCUGCAGUCUUGAAAAACAACAACAACAACAACAACAACAAAACAUUUUUGAGCAAUAUUUCUAUAAGGAACUACGUGUGAACAUUUUGGUUGAGUUUUCCCCUGAAGGGUUUGCGCUCGCGAGAGGUUUUCUUGGACCCAUCAUCUGUCUCUCGCUCGCUCUCCUUUUUGUGUGUGUGUGUGUGUGUGUGUGUGUGUGUGUGUGUGUGUGCGCGCGCGCGUGUGAACAUCUUUAACCUUCGUUUCUCUUCGACCGUUCGCCGACCCUGCACGUCCCGACUGAGUGGACUCACUUGCAUGGGAAUUUCCACCCGGCGCUCCGACUCGAUUCAGUUUUGAAGCCCGGUAACGUGGUCCCCCCCCCCCCCCCCUUCUCCUUUCCCCGCCUCUGGUGCCGGAAGGGGACCUGCGGUCUGACGGGCGGUCGGGCGGUUGGUGUGCCGUGCGACACGCGGACACAAGCGCGGGCGGGAGGCUCGCGCCCGGCGGAGCUGUCCGGUGCUGAAGGCACGAGGCUGGAAGGACGGACGGCGGCUCGCGAGGGAGGGAGGGAGCUGUCCGGUGCUGAAGACCCGCGGUUCAGGACGAGAGAGACACAGAUAACGUUCAUUAUUCACAUUGUUUGAACAAAAAAAAAAAAAAAGCGGGGAGAAGAGGAAACAAAAACAAACAAACAAACAAAUAAACAACAACAAAAACAAGGAACGUUUUCUUUUCUUUACCGGAGUCCCCCGCCUUUGGCGUUGCAGGAGCAAUAGCCAUACAGGAACUAGUCUAUUUUGCCUUUUUUAUUUUUCUAGAGCUCCACAGGUCUUCCAGCUUCGAGUUAUCAGAAUGCAAACGGACUUUUUCUCAUCAUAGCAUCCAUCAAUCUCACACACAACCAUAGCCUAUUUGACGAAAAAUAAAUAGCAGCUAUGCGAAAAAUACAGAAGAACAUAAGGAGCGCUCGUUUAUUUUGAUCGUCACACGCCAUGUCUCCUCUGCACCCCCAAGGUUGUUUUAAUGGGAGUGCGUUAUAGUUAAAAAAAUCAGGCCAUAGGUGUUUCACAUAGGUUUUGGUCAAGUUCCAAGCGGGUCGGUUAACGCCAGAGGAAGCGUGUGUGUGUGUGUGUGUGUGUGUGUGUGUUUGUGUGUGUGUGUUUUGUAUGAGCAUAGGAGCAACUACUGUCCCAUCAUGCCUCGCUCUUUCUUGGUGAAGAAAGUCAAACUGGACGAUUUUUCGGCUGCAGACCUGGACAGUUCGUAUGGUCACAGCCGAAGAGAGCUCAGUCUGCGAUUCCACCACCAUGACAAAGGCUAUGUCAGCGAUUAUCUGAGUCCAAAUCCGUAUGAUGAUGUGGUGGGAAGCGACUCAUCUGUCAUCUCUAAAGUACCCUCCCCAAGCCACUCGUCAAUCAUCUAUGGCAGCAUCGACAACACCUACACCGGUAUCCAUGGUGACAUCCAUGGUGACAUUCAUGGUGAUUCGGACCAGCCAGACAGCCCCCGGUCUGAGGUCUCAUCAUCAGCCGGCGAAUACAUCAACGGGGACGCAGCUGUAAGCGAUGGCUUCACGGUGGACGCAUUCUUCAUCAUGGAUGGACGGUCCCGGAGGAAAGCCGCGGCGAGCCCAAGAGGAACCACCCAGAGGCACAGCUGCAGCGAGUGCGGUAAAACCUACGCCACGUCCUCCAACCUGAGCCGACACAAGCAGACGCACAGGAGCAUAGACAGCAAAAUGGCCAAGAAGUGCCCCACGUGCGGGAAAGUGUACGUCUCCAUGCCCGCGAUGGCCAUGCACCUGCUGACCCACGACCUCAAGCACAAGUGCGACGUGUGCAGCAAAGCGUUCAGCCGGCCGUGGCUGCUGCAGGGCCACAUGCGCUCGCACACGGGCGAGAAGCCGUUUGGAUGCGCACACUGUGGGAAGGCGUUUGCUGACCGGUCGAACCUGCGCGCUCACAUGCAGACGCACUCGGCCUUCAAGCACUACAAGUGUAAACGCUGUGACAAGACGUUUGCACUCAAGAGUUACCUGAACAAACACUACGAGUCUGCCUGUUUCAAGGGGGCUUUGUCCCCUAUGAGCUCACUGGGGGAAUGAUGGCUUCACGAAGGACAUCUGGGGUUUAUUUCACUUAUUUAGCUCAACUUGUGCUGGACUCACUCCCUGCUUUUUAUGCUUCCCCCAACAAGAAGACCAGUAUGCCUGAGCACUAUAAGGGAGGAGUGGGGUUUUUUUCCCACAAGGAUCGUGAGGCAAAUGUCAAACAUAGAUGGAAGACAUCCAUUUUUAUCAAGACCCUUCCAUUCCCUCCUUUGUCUCCUAUUUCCUUAUCAGGAGGGAAAAGUUUUCAAUGCCUGAAUUAGAUUGUCACCUGCUUCGAUAAUUUAUAUCCCCUUCGAAGGCUGUUUUGAGUAUCUGUGAAGAUAAAUAAAGCACAGCAUAUCUAGCUCAUCAUUUUUGAAGAUACCUAGAUCUAUUUAUAUCCAUAUCUAUUCUUGUUCUUUUUUAAACACACGACGAAACAACGCUGAAGCACAAUUCCAUCUUCCAUCGCCCUGUUUUUCUGUGACAGGCAUAUCACAGGAGUUUAACGCAUGAAUCAAAUCUUUCAUUUCCUUGCAAAGAGAUUCAAUUAACUUAUAUUCUAUGCGGUUUAUAUUUUAUUCAUAAUCCCAGGAUUGAUCUGGUAUCCUGCUUUUUGUGAAACUAACCUUGGACUGAACUUACGAGGAGAUAAGGCAUCAAAACAAAGAAAGUAGUGGUUCCCUGCAAGUAAACAAAAUACUACUGACAUGCUUUACCUACUGUAUACUGUGUCAAUAGACACUGACACGACUACACUGACCUGUGAAGAAAAUAUAAUGUCCACACCUGUCAUAACAUAGUAGAAAUGGCCAAGUACACCAGUGUAGCAGAAAAAUGUUUUUAUAUGACUUUUCUUUAAACCAUGUCUUAUCUGGACAUAGACACUUCUACUCUUUUCUUCUCACAAAGGUUAACUUUGGCAUUUGUGCUUUUACUUGACAGUAAACAGUGGAAAGCAAGAGGGAUUGUGGGAGACAAACUGGACUUGCAGUUUGUCAAGGAUGUUUCCUUGACAAACAGUGUUUUCCUAUCAUCUGAAUCUUAGGUUAUGUAUUUUUACUUAUCAACGUCAAAUGGGGAUCGAGACAUUAAAAAUGUCUUGUUUUUUCUCAAAAGGUCAAACCUUUCUCAAUUGUUGUGAAACGAGUUUUUUUUUAGCACCACAUACAGUAUUCAGCUUUGAGGUUUACACCAUUUUUAUGUCUAUUUAUUGCCUAAUUUAUUCCCUUAUUUAUUAUGUUUUGUAUUAAUUUGCACUUUAUUAUAGUUUUUUGCCUUUGUUACAAAUAUGCCAAAGCAUUUGACACUUUCUAAUUACCGAAUACCUUUUUACUUUUGUCCGCCACUUUAAUUAUAUAAAAACUACUGCAUGCAAAAAAUAAUAGCCUACUAAUGGAAUCUAUGCCAAUUUUAGGAAUCUUUGAAAUAUUUUUGCCAAACCUCUUAGAUAACAGGCAAAUCAAGCAAAUUUAUGUCUUCGGCAAUAUUUCGUUCAUAUCCGAAAGAGCAAUAAUGCAUGAUAUUUUUUUUGAAGAAACAGGUCAUAAUUGCUUGUAACACCUUGAUUUGUUAUAAGAACCACUAUUCUAUGGAGUUAUGAGAAAUGAAAUUUCAGGGAGUAAGCAAACCAAGUUAGUGUUAAAUAUGGAGGGUUGGGUCAAGAGCUCUAUAUUUACAGGAACCGUGUCACUGUUGUGCUUUUUUUGAGGCCUUCUCCAGUCAUUUUUGUGAAUGUUUAGUGUUCAAAUAGAAUAGAAAGCUCAAAUUGGAGACACCAGCAAGACAGUUUUCAAACCACUGCUGUUCUGCUAUGUAACAUCUAAAACAAAUGCCUCCUAGUUAUAAUUAUAUGUUGGCAUCAUUAGCUUAUUGACAAUUACGUCUGUACAUGCAUUAGGAGCUGUUGGGGCUUCAAGGGAUUCACACAGAUGGCACAACAAUUCCAGAUGGAGGGCUCUGGGUUGGGAAGGGACGGGUCUUUUUGUACAUGGUUUAUGCACUGCCUGCCUCGUAUUAUUACUCUAAAAUAUUGUAGAAAGUAGAAGGUACAACUGUAGGCCUCUGGUGCUGAAACAUGGAUAGAAAAAUUAAACAAAACAGAACAAGAAUGAGUGAAAGUUUUGGUACGUAAUAGGUUACUGGUUUCUUUUGUCGGAUCAGUGAAACAACUUUACAACAGCUCUUUGGUCAGAAUCAGUGAGCAACCCCCUUUUUUCGGUCUGGAUCUCAUCACAGGAUCAGUUUUGCUCCUUGGUUUUACAUGAGACAUUGAUUUGCGAACUCCCCGUGAGAACUAUACUCAUCGAGCCUCACUGCAUAAUUUCAGCUUUUUUUCCCUUCCCGAGUGUCUUCUGCUGUUGUCAGGUUGUUGUGGUGAUCACCAAUGCAAUUAUACGGAUUGUUGGGAGAGAAGAGACACUGGGUCGAUAUUUCAGCACCAGAGUGCAUUGACGAACACUUAGAUUCUUCUAUGAACUACUGUAGCCUACUAUAGCCACAAGUUAGUUUACGUAUUCUUAUAUAAAAAGCACUUCCUCUUACAAAUUAUAUCUUGCAACUUUUUUUCAAAGAUAGUAGCACAAUGAAAGAGUUAGAUUCAGGUAGACAAUGCCUUGUAUGUAUAGAAAUGACAACCUUUUCCUCUUUUUCUACUAUGAUGAAUCAAAGGUAAAAACAAACAUCAAAACAACAAAGAUGCUGUUGUGACACAUGCUGUGUUGUUCUAAAGGAACACACGGGAAUGUAGGUAAGAAUGACACACACUGUAGAGCAACAAAUUCAGUACAUGCUGUGUCAUUUUUUAAAUAUUCUCGUGUGAAGUAUCUUCACCACACCUUUUUUUAGAGAGAAUGAAAACUCAAAUAUUUUGCGGCAAGAGGCCUUGUAUAUAAGCACUGAUGUGACUGCAGAGUCCAAUUGUUUCUACAGAUCUGUAUAAACUGAUAUUAAUGAUGAUGAUGAUGAUGAUGAUGAUGAUGAUGAUGAUAAUGAUGAUGAAUUUUUCUGGAGCUUCCUGCUUUAUUUUGAGUUCUUCCUCUGAGGAUUUUUAAAACAUUGUAAAGCACAAGGACAACACUGGGCAUUUUGUUUCACUUCCUUAAUAAAAACUAGUUUAAAGAAGUCGUGUUGAGUUUUUUUUCCUGCUCUGAACACAUGA